UGCAGUGAUGGGAAGCAAAGUCAUCUACUUCGAUAAAGGAUGGAGCUCUCUGCAGGAGGGGAUCACGAAGCUGACGAAGAUUCUCGAAGGAGCUACCGGCGGCAGUUGUCACUUCAGUCCCGACGAGUACAUGGCCAUCUACUCCACCAUCUACGACAUGUGCACUCAGAACUCCCCCAAUUACUCGCAGCAGCUCUACGACAAGUACGGCGCGUCGUUGAAGGACUACGCCGCCGCGGCGGUGCUGCCGGCGAUUGCGGGGAAGCACGGCGAGUUUAUGCUGAGGGAUUUCGUGCGGCGGUGGGGGAAUCACAAGGUCAUGGUGAGGUGGAUGUCUCAUUUCUUUAGUUAUCUUGAUAUGUGGUUCGUGGCGUCGAGGAGUUUGAAGAAGCUGAGGGUGGUUGGGCUGGUUGUGUUUCGGGAUUGCGUUUUCGAGAAGGUGAAGAGGAAUGUGGUGAGUUGUUUGGUUAUGCUUGUUGAUAGGGAGCGCGAGGGGGAGCAGAUUGAUAGGGGGCUGGUGAAGAAUGUGGUGGAUGCUUUUGUGGAGGUUGGGAUGGGGGAGAUGGGGGUUUACGAGGAGGAUUUCGAGGCGGUGAUGGUGGCGAGUAGCGGGGAGUAUUACUCGCGCAAGGCGGCGAGUUGGAUUGUGGAGGACUCAAGUCCCGGGUACAUGGUGAAGGCAGAGGAGUGUUUGAGGAAGGAGAAGGAGAGGGCUUCGGUUUAUAUGCAUUCGAGCAGCGAGGAGAGGCUGGUGGAGAGCGUGGAGCAUGAGCUGCUGGUGGUUCGUGCGAGGGAGCUGAUUGAUAUGGAGGAUUCUGGAUGUCGUGCUUUACUUUGUGGUGAUAAGUUGGAGGAUUUGAGUAGGAUGUUUAGGCUUUACCGUAAUAUACCUCAGGGGUUGGAGCGGAUGGGGAAUGUGUUUAGACAAUAUGUGACGGAUGAAGGUAAGGCCUUGGUUCAGCAGGCGGAAGAUGCUGCGGGUAGGGAGCAGGGUUCGAGAGGAGGUGGGGGCGAAGUGGGACUGACCCUUGUCAGGAGAAUAUUGGAGCUUCAUGAUAAGUAUUCGGCGUAUGCCAAUAGUUGCUUUAUGAACCACUCGGUAUUUCAUAAGGCUUUGAAGGAGGCCUUUGAUGUCUUUUGCAAUAAAUAUGUUGCUGGGAGUUCAAGUGCUGAAAUACUUGCUGGAUACUGUGAUAAUUUACUCAGGAAGGGGAGUAGUGAAAAGUUGAGUGAUGAAGCUAUUGAGGAAACUCUUGAGAAGGUUGCUAAGCUGCUUCCUUAUUAUGAUGAGAAAGACCUUUUAGCAGGAUUCUGUAGGAGAAAGCUUGCUCGUCGCUUGCUAUUUGAUCGGAGUGCCAGCGAAGACCAUGAGCAAAGUUUUUUAACCAAGCUGAAACAGCAAGGUGGAGGGCUCACCUCAAGGAUGGAAAUAAUGAUCCAAGAUAUGACAAUGGUGAAGGAAAAGCAGACUAAAUUCGAACAAUAUCUUGGAACCAACCUAAAUUUUAAACCUGGUAUCGCAUUUUCAGUCACUGUUCUUAGAACUGGUUGCUGGCCAAGUUACAAAUCAUCUGCUAUUAACCUUCCCGGUGAGAUGGUCAAAUGCGUUGAAAUGUUCAAACAAUUCUUCAGUUCAGAAAAGAAAGACAGUAAAUUGUCAUGGAUAUACUCAUUGGGCACUUGCAACCUUGUUGGGAAGUUUGAACCAAAACCCCUUGAAUUGGUUGUAUCAACCUAUCAAGCAGCUCUGCUGCUUCUAUUCAAUCAUUCUGAUAGAUUAACCUUCUCAGAAAUAUCAACUCAGCUAAAUCUCAGCAAUGAGGAUGUGGAUAGAUUGCUUACUUCACUGUCAUGUGCCAAGUACAAGAUUCUCGUUAAGGAGCCAAAUACCAAGACUGUUAAGCCAGAGGACAGCUUUGUGUUCAACUCGAAGUUUACUGACAGGAUGAGGAAAAUUAAGAUUCCUCUCCCACCAAUGGUUGAUGAAAAGAAGAAGGUUACUGAAGAUGUUGAGAAAGAACGGAAGUAUGUUAUUGAUGCUGCACUUGUUAGGAUAAUGAAGAGUCGAAAAGUUUUGGGUCAUCAAAAAUUAAUCAUGGAGUGUGUUGAGAUGCUGCAGCCCAUAUUCAGGCCGGAUGUCAAAGCAAUUAAAAAGCGCAUUGAAAAUCUAAUUGCCGGCGAGUACCUGGAGAGGGACAAGGAAGACUCCAGUAUUUUCAAGUAUCUAGCCUGACUUAAGGUACAUUUGGGUCUUCAUAGAUCUCUAACGGAACAUGAUGUGCAUUUUGUGCAUUUUGU